AUGCUGGUGAUGUGGUGCUGGGCUCGUUACAUUCCUUUCACCAUUGAAGUUGCUCAGAUGGUGGCUGCAGCUUUCAGUGAGAACUUGGAAAUGGUGGCCAUCUCUGCAUUUGGGGGCUUGCUCGGUCCAAUUUGGGUCAUUUUGGUGGUUGUUGCCUAUGCAGCUUGCGAGUUGAAGCUGACCGGCAAUUUGUCAGAUGGUGAAGGCAAAGAAAGCAGUGAUGCAUUCUAUCCAUUUUUCUUUGUGUGCGUGUGGGGCAGCGGAGUUAUCCAGAACAUUUGCCACGUGGCUUACUGCGGUGUGUUCAGCAGAUGGUACUAUGAGGAAGAAGGGGCGCCGCUUCUGAAAAGCCUUCAGGUGGCUCUAGGAACCUCGUUUGGCAGCAUUUGCCAAGGCACCCUGAUCAUUGCCGCCAUCAGUACUGUGGAAACUGCGGUGCGAAGUAGCCGACGCCAGGCUCAACAGGAUGGCAACAUGGUGGGCUGUGUGAUUUCUCUCGUUUUGGAAUGUUUUCUCAGUUGCAUUGGUGAUUUGAUGGAAUACUUCAAUCAAUGGGUCUUUGUGCUGUGCGCCAUCCGUGGCGGCACGUUUUGCGAUUCCGUGAAGGGCACCUGUGCGAUGAUCUCUUGCAGCGGGAUGAAGGCCGUUAUUGGAGACCUGCUGAUUGAUCGGGUUGUGAUGCUGGGAUCCAUCCUUAGCGCCAUUGCUGGAGCUGGCCUUGCAGCUCUCGCCGCCUGCUUGGCUGCCACGGAUGCUGGUCAACAACUGUCUAAGGCAGACAUCAUUGGUCUUUGCAGCCUCCUUGGAUCGCUGACCGGGUUGAUCUCAGGUGGAGGAGUCAUGGGAAUCAUGAGUAGUGGGACGAAGGCCAUUUUGAUGUGCUGGGCCGAGGAUCCAGAUCGCUUACAUCAAGAUCAUGGCUUCGAGGAUGUGCACGAAGAACUCAGCAACAAAGCCCGUGAAUGGAAGUAA